AAAUGAGCACGUCCUCUGUUCCAAUCUUGUGAUGGAUGGGAUCCUUCGAGCAGCCGCAACAAGAUACCUUUCUGCCAUGCUUGUCUAUAGAUCUAAUUUACGUUACCCCAGUUCCAUCCGAACGAGAUAGCUGUAUCGUACCAUUUCAAAGGAAUCCAUGGACAAAGGUAUGUGAAAUGUAUCCCGGCGGUCGUGAAUAUCCAAAAUACAUGAUGGUCCUCCGAGCGAGCAUCUCGCUCGCUCACUCAGUAACCCUGGGCGGGCUGAUCAGGAUAGAGGGCACUGAGAGAGAAAUUGAGGACGCAAGCGAAGACAGCACGACCAGGACGACGAACAUAACCUCUUCAGCUUCGAAUUCCUCUCUCAAUCGACGAACAUAAGCUCAGCUGAACAAAUCUUGGAGAUUGCCACUCUAAUUCCGUCUCGGCAAUGCUGGGAUAGCUCCUUCUCAAGGGUUGGUUUUCGUCUGCUUCUUCAACCCCCACUGUCCCACUGUCCUUUCAGCCAAUCCUGUGGAACUCCGUAAGUGACACAAUCUCCAGCCAGACUUUGGGAGCGUUUGCGUCGUUCUCACCGUUCUCACCGGUGGGUUGAAGGGGGUCCCACCACUCCUUCCCUCCUCCUCCUCCUCUCUCUCCCCUAGUCCUCCUUCUUCUCCAUCAACAACUGAGCUGACUCACCACCGACCUUACCACACGAGUUCUUUAGAAGAAGAUACAUCCAUCCAUACAUCUAAACUACAUCAACCAGAGCUCUCAAUUCCUAGAUAGCAGUUUCUUCAAUCUCUCGAUGAACCCCAGUAAUGGUGUAGCUAGGCAACUGACUCACUUAAUAGUGCCGCCUUACCUCUCACUUUGGGCACACUCGGGGGAUUUUCGUCCUUCAACCACUGCCCUGUCUUCAUUGUCAUUGCUACAUCCUGAUCAUGAAGUUCGGUGAUAUCAAGUGCUAGUAGGAAAGGAUUGGAGCGAUUGGCACCCUCAGAUUCUCUAGCUCAAGAUGGCUGAGGCUCAAUACCCUCUGCACCGAUUGGCUUGGGAGAAUAAGUAUCAAGACUUGGAUGUGCUUCUGGCCAAGAAACAGUACGAAAUAGAGGAGGUGGAUCCCCGCGGACGGACCCCCCUCAUGCUUAGUGUUACCCUGGGUCAUUUGGAAAGUACCCGGGUCCUCCUCAAACACAAUGCCAAUGUCAAUGUCAUCAAUAAAGGGGGCUGGACCGUGGUGCAAGAAGCCGUGUCCACCGGUGAUCCCGAACUCCUCCAAUUGGUACUUGAAAAACGUGACAGCCAGCGGCAUUCCAGCCGAAUAGGUGGUAUUCCUGACCUGUUACAAAAGUUGAAGAAUGCGCCAGACUUCUACGUGGAAAUGAAAUGGGAGUUCACUUCUUGGUUGCCCUUUGUUUCUCGCGUGUGUCCGAGCGACACCUACAAAGUGUACAAGCAGGGCUCUAAGGUCCGGAUUGAUACCACUUUGUUAGGAUUUGAUCAAUCCAGUUGGGUGAGGGGCAACCGAACCUACAUCUUCUCCGGACGAGGGGAUGGCGCGGAUCUCUAUGAAGUUGAUCAUGAUACGAAGACGGUCUAUUAUGAAGAGAUGAAACUCCUUUCUUUGGAGGAGCUUGCCUCUCAGGUACAAUCCGAAGGUCAGAUUUCGACUCGACUGACCACGCCCCUAAUUCUCACCUACGUGGAUACAGAUCAAAUCAACUUUGAGCGGACUCGGGGUGGGUUUUGGGGUUGGGGAUCCGAUAAAACUGAAGUGGUAUCAGACUAUGAAUGUAAGGUAUUCGGUGCCAAUAACGUUGAGCUUAUAACAAAGACGAGAACCGAACAUCUGACCGAGGAAGACAAGAAGAGAGCCAAGAGCAACAAAAAUCCGCUACAAUCUUUUAUCGGCAUGGCCGAGACUGAAGUGAAACAGGCCAUUGAGACCAAUUCAUCGUCUGAAUUUUUCAGCGUCACAAAUCCUUGUUGCAUUUCGCCAGAGGAGUAUUUCAACUCCGAGAAAGACUUGGAGAAUCGGGACAUAGGUCGACCUAAAGAGAUGACCAGAAAGAUCCAGAAAUUUCAUGCACAGCUCUGGCUAAGCGAAGAGUAUCCAUUAUCCCUCCAAGAACAAGUCAUGCCCAUCGUUGAUCUCAUGGCUAUAUCCAAUACCCACUUCCAGAAAUUGAAAGACUUUAUCACGUGUAGCUUUCCUUCGGGUUUCCCCGUCAAAAUCGAGAUCCCUCUGUUUCGGGUCGUCAACGCCAGGAUCACCUUUGGAAACAUUUUUGGGCUUAAUAAUAAUGUUGAGGGGAUCACUGUUGUGAAAGAGGAGGGUGAAAACCGAACAUCUUGUGCUGUGGAUGAUUUGGUGUUCGAAGUUCCUGCCGACUAUUCCAGGAUUGGAGGGCAAUCUUCCAAUCAAGUCAGAAGGCAAUACGAAGACGAAGACGACCAACUCUUACAGUUCGCUAUUCGACAAUCUAUGGCAAACCCCAACGGAGGUGGAGGAGUCACUGAAGGUGGUCGAACUGUGGGCUCAGAACAAAACCACGAUAGCGAAGAAGUUGAUAUUUGGGAAGCACUUCAGGCGCAGGGACCUCAACCCCAAUCCGUAACAUUUCCAAGGUCCCAGGAAGAUCGACAGCUUGAACUUCAAAUUCAGCGAGCCAUCGAGUUGAGUCUUUCCAAAGAUCAGGGGAGCCCUCUUGACGCCACCGACCCAGGUGCGCUUUCCGCCGAAGGGAGUGUUCCAAAAGUGCCGGGAGAUACGGCUCUGAAUCAUGAGGGCGGCAUGAGAGAGGAGGAAGAUGAACUGGCGAUGGCCAUUCGAUUGUCACAGACAACAUUGGACGAAGAAGCACGCCGAAAGAACGACGAGGACGAAAUGUUGAAAAAAAUAUUGGAGCUCUCGAUGACGGAGAAAUGA